AAAUGAAUAUAUGGGAUUUGAAUCAAUGCAUUGUCCUGUGUAAUAUUUGGAGACUUGAGCAAGAACAUACAUGAUUGGACGCAUCUUGCAGCGCGCUAGAUGCUGGCUUUUCUUGGGAAAGAAAGAAAGAGAGGGCAGGUUCAUUCUAUUAAAAAAAUAAUAUUUUAAUAACUCAAGAUAAUAAUAAAUUAUUUAAGAGAUGGCAGAGAGAGUGAAAGGAUGUUGAAAUGACACGUGACAAAUCUCGCUAUUUGAAGUAGCGAGAUUAUGUUAGAGUUAUUUCGGGAAUUAUUAAAAAAAAAAGGUAUUAUUUAAUAUAUAUAUUUUUAAAAAAGAUAAAUUUGGAAAAAACUCCUGGCUGCUUGUUUAAGGUUUAGCUGUUUUGAGAGUUGGGAAUAUAGGAUAAUGGGAAGGGGGAUGAUCUUCUUGUUGGUUCCUUAGGGCUAUAUGUGGGCCGGAUUAAGCCCUUUGAUUGUGAAGAACAAAUUUGUGUGAGAGAGGGAUUGGCGACGGCGACGGCGACGGCGACGUUGGCUGAACGGCAAGCGACGACGUGACUUCUUCUGUAGAGGCUAGGGUUCAGAUUGGGUUUUGGGAAAACCGAAAAUAGGUUGCUCGGCAGACUUAGGAAGGGGAAUAUGGAUUCAGGUUACGGUUGCUAAGGGCAGCAAACGAGCAAACGCCACUGUUCGAGCAAAGAUUUGGAAGGCCUGGCGGGAAUCAGAGACCACCUUCAAUAAGUCGGAGUUGGAAGAGCCGACGAUCCCCUUAAAGAAAGCAAUACGCCAGAACCACACAAGAUUUACCAUAUUAUUCCUUGUGCCGGACAUAUUGUGUCGAAGUUGUGGAGGAGAGGGCUCGCCAUAGACGAGGACUGGAUAAACCAGACGCGCAAGGCCGUGCCCACCUUACCCGAAGCGUAAACUGUAGCUAGUAUUUUAUAGCCCUGAAAUUUGCAUUCCCCCUGUGCUUGAUGGUGAUCGCCUGCGAGGCUUUGACUAUUGCUCAGUCUGUCCCCGAAGCAUCCAGACCCAGCAUCAGUCACUCGACGAAGCCUCUUUGAGCUCCUUCCUGAAUUCUGUUACUGUGAUCUUUUUUCUAGUGGCCCAUUGGUUCUCCAGUUUGAAUUGGAUUCAUGGAAGGAAACGAUGCUGAUGAGGACGAGUUUGGAUUCUCAAGAAACUAUUUCCUUGCGAAAGAGCUAGGCAGCUCCGGAAAGAAAUCAGCCCACAAACUCUCUGACAUAGAUCUUGUUGAUGAACAGGAGCUGAGAGCAGCAGCAUCAAAUCUUGAAACAAAGCAUGAGAAAGAGAUUUUUUCUUUGAUGAACAGUUAUAGAAGUUUAUACUCUAAUUGGGUCUUUGAGCUCAGGUGUGGUUUUGGGCUUUUAUUGUAUGGAUUUGGAUCCAAGAAGGCUCUGAUAGAAGAUUUUGCUUCAACAGCAUUGACCGAGUGUGCUGUAGUUGUGAUCAAUGGCUAUCUUCAGUCAAUUAAUAUUAAACAGGUGGUGAUAGCCCUAGCUGAAGUUCUUCAAGAUCAAUUGAAAACCAAACGAAUGACUCCUUCAGGGAACUUGUCUAAAGUUCAGCAGCCAUUUAGUUCUAGAUCAAUGGAUGAUCUCUUUGCUUUUCUGGAUGGAUCACAUGUAGUGGAAAAUGAUUCUUUUGUUUGUGUGGCCAUUCACAACAUUGAUGGACCGGGGUUGCGGGAUGCUGAUACUCAGCAAUAUCUUGCACGGAUUUCUGCUUGUUCUCAUGUCCGUGUGGUUGCCUCCAUUGACCAUGUGAAUGCACCGCUAUUGUGGGACAAGAAGAUGGUUCACACACAGUUCAACUGGUGCUGGUAUCAUGUCCCCACGUUUGCACCAUACAAGGUUGAAGGAAUCUUCUUCCCUUUGAUUCUUGCACAUGGAGGCUCUGCCCAAAGCACCAAAACAGCAGUAAUAGUUUUACAGAGUUUGACACCCAAUGCCCAGAAUGUGUUCAAAGUUCUUGCAGAGCAUCAACUGGCUCACCCAGACGAAGAAGGGAUGCCAAUCAGCAAUUUGUAUAGAGUCUGUCGGGAGCGCUUCCUGGUGAGCAACCAGGUUACGUUGAAUUCUCAUUUAACGGAAUUCAAAGACCAUGAGUUGGUAAAAACCAGAAGGAAUUCUGAUGGCCAGGAUUGCUUAUAUAUUCCUCUGACAACUGAAGCAAUUGAAAAACUACUACCAGAGAUAAAUCAGUAGCCUGUUUUGUAGAUCUGGGCUCAUUUGGGUUUGAACGCUAAAUUGUGACAUGGCCUCUGGUGUUGUUUUGUUGACCAACAAUGGAUCAGAAAAUCUCCCUGAUACAGCUUUGAUUUCCAGCGCACAAGCAGAAUAUGAGAUAUCACCUUUGUUUCAGAUUGACCAUGACAGUCAUUUGCGCAACAGUCAAGUAAGAAAAAUAAGCGUACAGUGAACUUCAUGUUAAAAGGUGGAAGAAACAGAAGAGCUGGAGCAGAGAGUGAUACUUGAUGUGAUGUGUUAUUCUUAGUGGUUUCAGGCAUAACUUGCUGGGAAGGUAGGGAAAUAUAAUCUCAUAGCCAGAUUAUUCAAAGAUUGAUGACUAUGAAUCUUGGAUCACUCCUCUCAGGCUGCAGCGAGUGCCUCAAGUGUAAAGGCAAUUAUGGGUACCCCUUAAUUUUCCAAAACCAAAACCUCAACUAGUCCCUUAAAAGACAACAGGAACUCCUUGAAGACCUGUUGGGCUAGGGUAUCACUAAGCUUAAUUGUAAGGAGUCAUUUUUCGUCUUCCAGGAAAAAGCAAAGCCCUUUCCCCUCUCCCCCUUCCUUUUUAAUCCUUCCCCACGUUUGUUUUUAUUUCAGCAAUAAUUUAGAGUAGUUAAUUUCUGCUAGGUGAUAUGAUUUUGUUAUAUCCUUGUUAUUAAUUAAUUAAACACAUUUAUUCUGGAUUUGGAAAUGUUGAGUGAUCUUUGAAUUUAA